UCUCCAAGACUCAACUCAAUUUUCCCCCCUUCUCUUCAUUUCCAUUAGUUUGCAGUAGAAUAGAUACCUCAACGACAAAACUCAAAACCUUUCGCACGCAAGUCUCCCAAGGCUCUCGAAACUUCAUCGGUAGUUUAUCGCCAUCACUCACUGUCUGUUUCCAAGGGGGUACAAGUUCUUUCCUAUUAUGGCUGACAGUGAAGCUGUUGUAGCUCAAACAUCUUCUGCGACAGCCUUCACAGCAGCUGGUUAUCCUCCUGUCUACAAUGAUACCAACUCAGAUGCUUCUGGUGCCGCUGCCACAAAGAAUGUCGAGGAUUUAACUGCCACUGGUGCUUCCCAUCACGUAGCUGGUACUAAUUCCAGUUUAGAAGCUAGUGAUAAACUCUCAGGUCCCACAAGUGCAACUGAUUCAUUUCAACCUUCUCUUCCUGAUCCUUCUAAAAAUGGCAAUAUUGUUAAUGAAGUGGGAAAUAGUACAUCAACUGGUGUUGCUGAGAAUGGGAUUAUUUCAGAUGAUACUCAUGGAUCUAAUGUCGUACAUGAAUUGUUUGAUGGUUCUGCAUUAUCUGAUGAGGAAGAACGUCUAUGGAGCAUUGUUAGAGCUAAUUCUUUAGAUUUUAAUGCAUGGAUUGCUCUUAUAGAGGAAACAGAGAAAAUGUCUGAGGGUAACAUAUUGAAGAUCCGGAAAGUAUAUGAUGCUUUUCUUGUGGAAUUUCCUCUGUGUUAUGGUUAUUGGAAGAAAUAUGCAGAUCAUGAAGCACGCCUCGGCUCUAUGGACAAAGUUGUGGAGGUCUAUGAACGAGCUGUUCAAGGUGUAACAUAUUCUGUUGACAUGUGGUUGCAUUACUGCAUAUUUGCCAUAAGCACGUAUGGAGAUCCUGAGACCAUAAGAAGACUCUUUGAGAGAGGAUUAGCUUAUGUUGGAACUGAUUACCUCUCUUUUCCUCUGUGGGAUAAAUAUAUUGAGUACGAAUACACACAACAGGACUGGUCCCGUGUUGCUUUGCUCUACACACGUGUACUGGAGAAUCCAAAUCAGCAGCUAGAUCGCUACUUUGAAGGUUUCAAGGAGCUUGUUGCUAAUCGGCCUCUCUCUGAGUUGCGGACUGGUGAGGAAGCUGCUGCUGCAGCUCUUGAAAAUUCUGAAAAUGGUGGUCAAGAAGUUGAGGGAGAAAAUCUCCCUAAUGCUGUGGAGCAGUUUUCUAAACCUGUAAGUGCGAGCUUAAAAGAUGCUGAGGAGUUGGAGAAGUAUAUUGCCGUUAGGGAAGAGAUGUAUAAGAAAGCUAAAGAGUUCGAUUCUAAGAUCAUUGGUUUUGAAACAGCUAUCCGGAGGCCAUACUUUCAUGUGCGGCCCCUUAGCGGGGUAGAGCUUGAAAAUUGGCAUAAUUAUCUGCAUUUUAUUGAAGGAGUCGGUGACCUCAGUAAGGUUGUUAAGCUAUAUGAAAGAUGCUUGAUAGCAUGCGCUAAUUAUCCUGAGUAUUGGAUCCGAUAUGUCCGAUGCAUGGAAGCUAGUGGGAGCAUGGAUCUUGCUGAGAAUGCUCUUGCACGUGCUACUCAAGUCUUUGUCAAGAGGCAGCCAGAGAUUCACCUUUUUGCAGCUCGUUUCAGAGAGCAGCACGCAGAUGUUGCCGGAGCUCGAUCUGCUUACCAACUUGUACAUACUGAAAUUUCACCAGGGCUUCUGGAGGCCAUUAUAAAGCAUGCUAAUAUGGAACAUCGAUUUGGAAAUCUAGAGGAUGCUUGUUCCUUGUAUGAACAGGCCAUUGCAAUUGAGAAGGGAAAAGAGCAUUCACAAACUUUACCAUUUUUGUUUGCUCAAUACUCUCGAUUUCUGUUCCUGGUUGCUGGUAAGGUGGAAAAAGCCAGGGACAUUCUUGACCAAGCACUUGAGAAUACUCUGUUGUCAAAACCACUUAUUGAGGCUUUAAUUCACUUUGAAUCUGUUCAGUCUCUUCCAAAACGAAUGGAUUACUUAGAUUCCUUGGUUGAUAAGUUUAUAGUUCCAACUGCUGAUAACCCAAAUGUUGCAAGUAUUACUGAGAGAGAGGAGUUAUCUAGCAUCUUCCUGGAGUUCUUGGAUCUCUUUGGGGAUGCGGAGUCUAUAAAAAAGGCUGAUGAUCGCCAUGCCAAGCUUUUCUUAUCUCAUGGGAGUUCACCAGAGUCAAAAAAGCGCCUCGCUGAGGAUUAUUUAAUUUCGGAUAAAACCAAGCUAGCGAAGUCUUCUCUUCCUUCAUCUGCUCCAUCAGUUAUGGGUGCUUAUCCCAAUGCGCAAAACCAGUGGCCAGCAGGUUAUGGUCUACCACAAGGUUGGCCACAGGUUGCACAAGGCCAAGCACAGCAGUGGACCCCUGGCUAUGCCCAACAGUCUGCAUAUAGUGCGUAUGGUGCAUAUGGAACUGGCUAUCCACAGCAACAGGUACCUGCUUCAGUGCCCCAGAAUGCUGCUUACGGUGCUUAUCCCCCCACAUAUCCUACUCAGGCAUUUGGUCAGCAAAGCUAUGCACAGCCAGCUACAGCAGCGACCUUGACUCCAGCACCGCAAUCUAGUGCUGUCCCUCACCUUAUUAUGGCAGCUUAUUACCUGGAAAGCAGUUAUUAUUGA